AUGUCUUCAGACAACGGAAACCCAGCUGCCAACGACAUGGCUCGCCAGCGGCGCGGCUCCAUCACCUCGAGCGCCUUCACCAACCUCUUCCGUGCUAACUCGCUUUCCCAACCCCCGACGGCACCCUUCCCCACUCCCUUGGCCACCGCUGCCAUGAACGACCAACGGCGAAGACUGUCUGUUACCACGCUUGGCCUUUCGGGCACCUCUCCCACGACCACCUCGACGCUCUUGCGCCGUGCCAGCCUGUCGACGAACUCGGACUCGAUUGACGAGAACGCCAUUGAGGAUGACGAGAGUCCUCGCACCGCGCCAGCCUCGGCCGUCAACCGCCGGAUGAGCUUCGGCGCAACCCAACCGAUUCGAGGCGUGCGAGGGCCCACUAGCCCUGGCACCAACGGUAGGCCACCCCAGCCGAUCCGCCGCACCAGCAUGGCCCGCGGUAGUCCGCCGACGCCGCCGCUCCCCUCGGCUAGCGUUGGCAGCUACACGUGGGGCAAGAUUGCUUCACAGGCAAGCACUGCAAACCAGUCCAGAAUCCCUUCUGACUUGUGCUCCCCUUCUGCCCGGCCAGACCAAGGUUUCAACUGGUCCGAGCAGCUUAGGUCUCGCGCCGAGAGCACCGUCGCCGCCGGCCCGCGGCCCUCCUUCUCGCUCGCCUCCGGCCUGGGCGGCUCUCCUCCCCGGGCUGCUGCUCCGGCCCCAGCUCCCGUCAGCCCUCGCCAUGACCGAGCCAAGUCCUUCUCGGAUAUGCCAGCUCCUCCUGCCCAACCCCCCAAACCACGGGCUCCCCAGAAGCCCGAUCCCUUCCAAGAGAGGAUCCUGAAGGGCGAUUUCUAUAUGGACUAA